AUGGCGAAGCUCACUGCGUUUCUUGAGCUCUGGGCGCUGCUCCUGGUGCUGCUGCCACCCUCGUCCGCCGGAAACAGCCACCAGCUGGGGUGGUACUCCCCUCCGGAGAUGGCGGCGUGCGGUGGCUCGGUGGGGGAAUGCGUGGACAUGGAGAUGGAGAUGGAGAUGGACUCAGAGAUUAACAGGCGCAUGUUAGCGGCGGUGAGGAGGUACAUAAGCUACGGUGCUCUGAGGAGGAACAUUGUGCCAUGCCGGAGAAGCGGCGCGUCGUACUACAAUUGCCGGCGGGGAGCUCCGGCCAACCCCUACCACCGCGGCUGCAGUGCCAUCACCCGCUGCCGCCAUUAA